UUUCAACCAAUGGUUGACUGCGUCCGGCUCACGUGACCAGUAGCGCAGCAGAUUUGAAUCGUUUGUGUGGUUAUGUGUUUUCGUGUCGUCGUUUGAAUGCGGAGCAGAAAAUAAUUGUUUUGAGUGUUCAGAGGAGCUUGAGGGCUGAUCCGGAUCAACCUGCUCCCCACGGAGAAGAACCGACUUCGGGAUGGACGGUCGAGCUAACAGCGAUCUGGUCUUUCUGAGUGAUGAGAAGUUUGACUUCGAUGUUUCUCUGUCACCUGCCAGCUCCAAAGGUGAUGAGGAUGACGACGAGGUGUUCGUGGGUCCGGUCAGCCAUAGGGAGCGGUGUGUCUCUGUAAACGUGGCGUCUCGGCUUGAGGACGUCGGUGGUGGCGGCGUGCGGACGAGCUGGAGUCCGCUGAGUGAAGAUCAGCUGGAGUCUUUGUAUCAGGAAGCCCACAGACUGGCCGACCAGCUGCAGUGCAGAGAACCGAGCCAGCCACACGGCGCAGACGACAAGACCGGCAACGCGACCGCUGACACUACAACUUGCAGGGAUGACUUCGUCCAGGACGCCGAGGCCAAACGGGGUGUGCUGGAUCAGACCGCCAGUGUACUCAGCCCCAUCAAACGACAGACCUUCUGUGUGCAGGACAGUCCCAUGAAGCAGCUGCCUCCCGCUGUCCAGCACCGCCUGCUGAGAGGAAGCAGCUCUAACGCAGCUUCAUCCACCAGGCCUGCAAACACAGCUUUAUCCACUCGACGCACCUCCAUCAACCCAGCUUCAUCCACCCGACCCGCUGCCAACACCAGACUCGGCACCUCCAGCCCCAUAGUCGGGGGUAAGCCUAAGCCCAGGACAGGGCUGCGUGGAAAAGCCGCACUGGGCGUUGGCGUCGUGCUGCCGAGCAAACCUGCUGUCCCGACAACUUCCUGUUUAGCCAGCAAGAGCAAAGUGGAGAAAACCGUACUGCAACCACCGAGCAAAACGAUGGGGGGUUGGAGGCGGAGUCCGUCCUCUCACCCCUCCAGCAGGGCGGGGUCAUGUGAGGAUCUGCUCUCUGAUUCAGCCAGUGUGGCGUCUGACGUCAGCGACUCCUCCAUCAACUCCAGCCUUCUGGGAAAACGCAUGCUGGUCCCGCCCACUAAGAGUGCUGUGAGGAACCUGUCCGGUGUGAAAGCCCCGCCCCUUCAGAGGAGGAGGGUGACGGACAGGAAUAACACGUCCUCGUCCUCGUCCUCAAUGUCCAGCUUCAACUCCAGCAUAUCUCUAUCCCCUGCUAAAGGUAAACUGAACCAGAGUCUGAGUGCCUCCACUGGCCCCGCCCCCAUCAGCAGAACAGCCAAUCACAGCAGGCCGCAACGCUCCAUCUACACCACGGCAGAGCCGGCGUCCUCCAACGCUGGCCGCCGCUCGCUGUCCGUACAGGCCAGGAAGCUGUCCGAGGUGGAGCGUGUUAAAACUACUAGGUCUACGCCGCUGAAGAAGGCGGAAGUCACAACUGUACAGGUGACGCCCUCCAGGAGGGUUUUGGAGAAAGCCGCCUCCUUCCCCGCCCGACCUCUCAGCGGAUUGAAGACUAAAUCCAAACCCGAGGCCCCGACCCCCAGCGGAGGAUUCAGAGGAGUCCGCCAAGGAGACGACGUCUCAAAGAUGUUGAAGCCAAAGACGCUGACUUCAGUGAGCAGCGCUGAAAGUCUCUCUCAGAUGCCUGCUGGCGGCCCUCUGACGCCCUCUGCUGGCAGCUGCAGGCCGCUGCAGGCGAAGGCGCUGCGUCCCUCGGCCCUCCCCACCCCAGUGAAGCGCAGGAUGUCCUCCAUCCCCGUCGCCACACCCACCAACCAGACCCGGGCCAGCAGACCUCCAGCCACCUCUGACACCGCCCCCACCUCGGCCAAGAGAGGAAGAAGCUGCAGCCCCGUCCCCGCAGACACACAGGAGGCCGAGCCUGUUGAUGCCCCCAACAUCCAGCCCUUCUGUCUGGAGGAGGAGGAGGAGCCCCCUGCUGCCCCGCCCACUAGCCCGCAACAGCCUGACCAAUCAGAGAGCACUGAUCCUGCAGCACCGAGUCAGAGCGAAUCAGAGCCCAGCAGGAACCUGAUCGAACUGGAAACUAAAGAGGAGAGCAACAGCAAGACACAGGAGGUUCUGCUGCUGGAUCUUCCAGCUCCGACUCUGCAUCCUCACGAGAAACUGCUCAUCGACCUGUCCAACACCCCCGUCCUGAUCCGGAGCACCUGCAAGCCCUGCACCACAACUCAGCAGCUGAUCGACCUGAGCUCUCCGCUCAUCAGGUGGAGUCCAGAAGACAAGAAGGAGAACAACGCUCCGCUCAUCAACCUCUCCUUCUGAUCCGCGUCCUGCUGCACAGCUGCACAGCUGCACCUCACGUCAACUGGACUCUUAAGAAUUAUAUUUCCGCUAAGUCUUUAUCAGUGAAGUCUUUACUGAAGCAGAAUAUCAUGUUUUUAAAUGAUGAAAAUAUUCAACGGUUGCUGAAGUUUUCUGCACCUGACUUUACUUUUGUUUGUCUGUCUUGCUGCUCUUAUUGAUGUCUGAAUAAAUGUUGUUAAUUAAUGUC